GCGCCAUGGCGGGGGGAGUCCCUCAGGCCCAGGCACUGUCGGCACGUUGGCUACGGGUCCCCGCUGGGGUCCGUCCCGGCCGUUCGCGGCCCGUUGGCUACGGGUCCCCGCUGGGAUCCGUCCCGGCCGUUCGCGGCCCGUUGGCUACGGGUCCCCGCUGGGGUCCGUCCCGGCCGCUGCCGCCCAGCACCGCUCCCGACUCUCACCGCUGCUGCUGCCGCCGCGGCCAAAAGUGGCGCGAAACUAGAGACCCGCCUCCUGCCACGUGCUCGGCCCGGUCCAACCUGUGCCCGGCACGUGACCCGCCCAGCCCGCCAAUCGCAGCUCGUGCAGAGCGUCGUGCGGAGGCCCCUCCCACGCGUCGCCGUCACGUGACAGCGCAGCGGCCCGCACUGGACCCAGGCCCUGUGAUGUUGUCUCAGAUUUUCAUUCUCUCCUCCAAGGGAGACAGACUCGUCCACAAGGACUUCCGUGGCGAGGCCGGCGGGGGCAGCACGGAUCUGGUGGAUACUUUCUACAGGAAGAUCACAGCCCUGCCCAGGGACCAAGCACCCGUCUUCAUGGCGCACGAGGGGCUGCACUUCGUCCACGUGCGUCACGCCGGCCUCUACUUCGUGGCCACAACGGGGCACGACGUUUCCCCUUUCACCAUCAUCGAGUUCCUCAACCGGCUGGUGACACUGGUCCGCGAUUACUGUGGCUCCCUCAGUGAGAAAACCGUCAGCCUCAACUUUGCUCUCAUCUACGAGCUGCUGGACGAGAUGCUGGACUACGGCUACGUGCAGACCACGGCGCCCGAUGUGCUGUGCAACUUCAUCCAGACGGAGCCUGUGCUCAGCAAGGACUUCAGCCUGCUGGACCUGAGCAGCGUCGGCCUGUUUGGAGCAGAGACGCAGCAAAGCAAAGUGGCUCCAAGCUUGGCCGCCAGCCGCCCUGUGCUGCCCCCCCACAGGGACCAGGGCGCGAGGAACGAGGUGUUUCUGGACGUGGUGGAGCGGCUGACAGUCGUCAUCGCGGCCAACGUGAGUCAGGGCAGGAGUCCUGGGCCCCAGUCCGCAGCCCCCGUCAUAGAGCCACAGGGUCUUAGUAAUGCCCCAGCCCCCUACCCCCAGCUGGGGCCUUGUCCCCCCCACGCUGGUUCAUUGUCUGGGACUCACCCCCACCCCCUGCUUCCCGCCCAGGGCACCCCCACGAAAGCUGACAUCCAGGGAGAAAUCCGCCUCAAGAGCUACUUGCCCAGCCGCUCCGAGCUGCGCAUCGGGCUGACGGAGGAGUUCUGCGUGGGGAAGUCGGAGCUGCGAGGCUACGGCACCGCCGUCCGCGCCGACCAAUGCGCCUUCCACAGCUCCGUGAAGCUGGACGAGUUUGAGAGCAGCCGCAUCCUGAAGGUCAAUCCCAGCCAGGGGGAGCUCCCACUGAUGCAGUACCAGCUGUCAGACGACAUCCCCUCUGCCCUGCCCUUCCACCUCUUCCCCACCCUGGAGCGGGACCCCACGGGCAGGCUCCGUGUUUACCUCAAGCUCCGCUGUGACCUGGCGCCCAAAAGCCAGGCCCUGAAUGUGCGAGUCCAGCUGCCGGUGCCGAAGGGGGUCGUCAGCCUGUCCCAGGAGCUGAGCAGCCCCGAGCAGACCGUGGAGCUGCAGCCCAGCCUCAAGGCCAUUCGCUGGGUGAUCCCACGCGUCCAGGGGGGCUCCCAGCUCUCCGCCCUCUUCAAGCUGGAGGUCCCAGGGCUGAGCAGCUCCUCGCUGCUGGAAGUGGGGCCGGCGAACAUGUCCUUCGAGCUGCCCAUGCACACCUGCUCUGGCUUGCAGAUCCGCUUCCUGCAUUUCACAGCCCCCCCGGCUGGGCUGCCCCACCGCUGGGUGCGCUACGUGACCCACAGCGACUCCUACGUCAUCCGCCUCUGAACCCAGCCCCACCGCUGGGUGCGCUACGUGACCCACGGCGACUCCUCCGUCAUCCGCCUCUGAGCCCAGCCCCACUGCUGGGUGCGCUAGGUCAUCCUCAGCAACUGUUCUCUCAUCCACCUCCCUGGCUGCAUCCCCUGCCCCACAGCAUUGUGCAGUAACUCCUAGGGCGUCCCCUCUGCGCUGCGCUCUUCCAGGCUAGUCACCUCCCUGCACAUAGGACUCUGGCAAUAAACAACUUUAUUU